AUAGACUUGCAUGUUGAAGGGAAUCGCGUCGUUUCGGCCAUGACCUUGUAAUGGGUGGCGUCCUUCACCAAACGAAACCGAUGGAGGUUGUGCCGAGCCCGUUUGGCUAAAACUUCACCAAUGACACAGAUUCACCAACAUCCAAUUGAAACCGAGGAUACCCAUCAAGAGGUUUCUAUCCACUCAGACAUUAACACCCACCGUGAAGCUUCCACCAACCCAAACUUCUACAUCAACCCAGAGGUUUCCACACACCAGACGUCUACAUCCACCCAGAGGUUUCCACACACCCAGACGUCUCCAUCCACCCAGAGGUUUCCAUUAUCGCCACCCACCGCUGUUGAAUAUCCAUGCGGUAUAUGUGGUGAAGAAUCAGAGAACACCGCAUACAUUGCUUGCGACAAAUGCAAUGACUGGUUUCACAUUUCUUGUGAAUGUCUGCGCUCUUCUGACUUCAAGUUUUUAACCAGCAUAGACUUACCAUAGAACUGUAGCAAUUGUAAUUUAAAUCCUGACGGAAGCUUUGAUUUUGAGUCAUCCCUGGAGAGAUUAUCGAUGCUCCGAAAUGAUGCAAAAAGCUAUGUGAUUCUGCACGAUUGGAAUCAAUAUUUCUGUGAAAGCAACCUCAGUUCCAAUGCGAAGAUUCCUUGUUACAUUCAUCGACUGGGCUCUGAGCAGAGAUGAAGAUGCAAUGUCUUUGCUGGGGAGCAACUGGGCUGGUCUUGUUCCAGUUGCUGUAGAGGAAAUGGAAAAUGUCUGUAUAACGCUAUAUCAGUCGCCGGGUCAUGGAGAUUAUGCUACAGAGCUUCACCUCCGCUCCGCAAAUGAGCUAAUUCAAAACAAAAAGUAUUACGUAGAACAACACAAAGAAGCUGAUCAUGCGCUGUGCUGUGAAAGCAUAGAUAAGUCCAUCAAUGAUUGCACCAUCAAUCACUCUUUUUUAUCUGUUUGGUCUAUGCACGCAGCAUGCUCAGUCAUAGGGAAGUCUGACAACUCCGUAUAUCCUAUUGUGAAUGGGCCUUUGGACAAUUGCGUAGUCAUCCUCAACAGACUAAAAAGUUCAAGGCAACUAAUCACGAUCAUGUGGAGUGGACCCACACGUGGGACCGGAACAUGGACACCAAAUCAUUUCCUCCCAAUGUUGGGAUCAAGCUGUAUUCGAGCAAACACGGUUGACACUGACAAUGAAGAAGAAAUUCCUCCACUUAGCCCAGUGUCAUCUUUUUCACAAACAAAAUGCUGUGAUGACAAAGUAACACAAAAAGAACAUACAAAUGACAUCCAUGCACAGUCAAACAAGGAUACCAUUAAUGAAACACAUUGUAUCGACAACUCGGAGAUGACGCCACCAGACGAUUCACAGUUUUUGAACGCAACAUCUCUAGAUGAUGUAUACCAGCCGGACAAAACCCCCGAUAAAAAUUCUUAAUCUGUAAAAUUUCUGUCAUUGGACCAGCAAAUUGAAAUUUUGAAGGAUCAGAAUACAUUUACCAAAGUUGCAGACAUUCCUGUUUCCAAAAGGCGUCAAGGAAAAUGUAUUCUUUGUUUUUGAUUAUAAAUACAAUGCAAAGAGAAGGACAGACGACAAAAAUCCAUCAUAUCCGGAUGACUGCAGUGCUUGGAAACAGUGAAAAACCAUAACAAAACUAGAGUUCUUCCUCAAGACGCAACUUGGCUACAAAACCGUCAGACGUGAGAAAUCUGGAUUACAUCUCAGACAGCUGAAAGGAAAGAAAAUCCCACUUGCACCACAGCCUAGCGAAGAUCAGAUUCUUUUGGUGAAAAGAUAGUAUUCCACUCUCGCCAGGGAAGAAAAAUACAGAAAAAGAGUCACGUGGUUUGAAAACCAAACUUUCCUGGAAACAGCUUCCGUGGAGUACAUUGGGGCUUAUUCUGUCAAUCGCCCUUGCAUCCACGGCAACCCAAGAACAACAUUCCAUACCAACGUCCAAAUAUACAACAGAAGGAGUUAAUACAAUCUAGCCUAAACAAGAACCAACCGCCAAGAGAUAUAAAAAAUGAGGUUUGACAUAACAUUCCAGAUGACCCAAUGUCGCUGAAAACUGCCAGAAAUGUGAAGUACAAUUAUGAAAAGAAAAAGCAUUCUCAAAAUAAACAGAACUUGGCCGACGAGGUAAUAACAGUGUCAAACAAGAAAUAUGAAGAUGUCUCCUUUGUUAAAGAAGUUUUGACUUCAACAAACAACAAACCACCAAAUGUAAUAUUAUCCUCAGAGGAACAUAUGAUGUCCAUGCGUAGCUCCAUCAUUAAUGCAUUAUUGGAACUGACAGAACAUUUAACGGUGGUUCUUGCUACCUGACCGUGACGACAUUCAAAAACAAAAAUAUAGUGAAGAACGAAAGUAACGAAUCUCCCAUAAUGUUUGGAUCCAUGUACCUACAUUGGCAUGGAAUCACACGAUUUUUAUCCCAUUUACAGAUUCAACUUCCUGAUACAGAUCAAACAAAAUUAAUAUUUGGAACCGAUGGAGAAAACGCUCUAACCAAUGCAAUUGAAUCCUGUUUUCCAGCAUCAAGACACUUGAAAGACAAUUUAAGGCACAGUUGGAAAAACAGUCUCGCAAACCCAGAAGUUCAGGAUAUUAUAAACUCUUUAUUCAAUAAAUCUACAGGACUCUUCACCCUUGAAACUGACGAUGUCUACAUCUAAAUUGAAAAAGAAAUCCAAGAAAUGUACAAUCUGCCUUACUUCAAUGCUUUCCUUCAGAAAGUAAAGGAAGAAAGUUUUAUACCUCGGAAAGCAACAAAUUUUAGGAUUUCAAAAUUGUGGACAAACAACAGCAACGAACCCUAUAACAAUGUAAUCAAACUGCAAACAGAUUGGAAAAUCAUGUUCCGGCACUGAUUGAUUUACUUCAUUAAUUAAACAUCGAAUAUCCGAGACUCAUUGCACUCAAGGGGUGAUUUUACCAUAAAAGAGUCAGCGGAAAUUUUAAAAGUGGCAUAUGAAGUUUGGAUAAACUUAACGGCAGAUCAAAGACAGAGAAGGCUUCACAGAUUCCUAAAUUUCACAACACCAGCAUCAUCCAUAACAUCUAAAGACAGAGAAAGCUUCACAGACUCCUAAACUUCACAACACAAGCAUCAUCCAUAACACCUAAAGACGGAAGCUUAACCAUUCCUAAAGUAGCAGCCACCACAAAGAAGUCUGAACAAACAAAAAGAGUGAAAGCCUGCAAGUCAUACACCUUAACCAAGAUACCAAUCUCUCGUUCACUUUGAAAGAGUAUAUUCCCUUAAAGCAGUCAUAUGUUACUGAGAGUAUAUUAGAUGGGAAUACUAUAAUGCAUACGAUUAACACACAUGACGGUUCAUACUUUUACUGUUUACCCGAUACACUUAAAUAUUUAAACACAAUUUGUUGAUAGUGAGUAUACGCGUAUAUUUCAUGUAUUCAGUUCGAUAUACUGUACAUAAUGGUAUAUAGAAUUAAAGAAUAGUGUGCUCUUUUAA